AUGGUUCCUGCUGAGAACACGAGUCUUUUUUCACCAGCCGAUUUCUGCUCCAACUGCAGCUCCUCCACCCAUGCAGAGUUGCACGUAGCCAAGGCGGUAGUUUUAGGGGUUGUGCUGGUGAUCUUUUUGCUGUUCGGGGUCGUCGGAAACAUCCUGGUCAUCCUGUCGGUGCUGCUCCAUCACCAGUGGCGCUCUGUGACUCAUUAUUUCAUCGCCAACUUGGCAGCGGCAGACCUCCUGCUCAGUUCAGCCGUCCUGCCUUUCUCCGCCACCUCGGAGGCUCUGGGCAGGUGGGUGUUUGGCCGCUCCUUCUGCAACGUCUGGGCCGCCCUGGAUGUCCUCUGCUGCACCGCCUCCAUUCUCAGCCUCUGCGUGAUCUCCAUUGACCGCUAUCUGGCCGUGAGCUACCCUCUGCGCUAUCCAGCCAUAGCUACUGGCCGGCGAGGCCUGACUGCAGUGGCGGCUCUCUGGGGACUCUCAGCCGCCAUAUCCGUGGGCCCUUUGUUCGGCUGGAAAGAGCCUGACCCGGAGGACGAGACAGAGUGCCGGAUCACACAAGAACCUGGAUAUGCUUUGUUUUCAGCGUUAGGCUCUUUCUACAUACCACUGGCCAUCAUCCUUGCCAUGUACUGUCAAGUGUAUACGGUGGCGAGAAGAGAGACUAAAACCAUUAGGAAGAGCUCAAAGGGAGAGGGGGUGGAGAUGGAAGGAGUGACGUUAAGGAUACACAGAGGGAACGCUGCCCAUGCAGGGAAACAGGAGGACGAUGAGGAGACUGGAGCACACAAACGGUCCUCCUUCACCCUGCCCAAGCUGCUGAGGUUCUCUGGGGAAGAGAAAGCGGCCAAGACUCUGGGCAUCGUGGUCGGGUGCUUCAUCCUGUGCUGGCUCCCCUUUUUCCUGGUUUUACCAAUAGGGUCCAUCUUUCCGUCCUGUAAGCCCCCCGAAACCAUCUUCAAGAUAACCUUCUGGCUGGGUUACCUCAACAGCUGCAUCAACCCUAUUAUUUACCCAUGCUUCAGCCAGGAGUUCAAAAAAGCGUUCCACAACAUGUUAAGAGGGCGCUGUAUAAGAACUGCAGUUCCCAGUGCCAAGCAAGGACACAUCGCUCCUCAUGCCUCCAGUCCCGGGCCGACAUCUAACGCCUCUGUGACUUUGUCCCAAAGCCGCGCUGCUGCUUCUUCUUUGGCUUGCUGCAGGACGCUGUCGACGUCAACGUCGUCUGUUGGUGGUCAAGAUCAGGCUGAAAGCGGACACGCCCAGGGGAAGGGUCUGCUGAAGGCCUGGUGCCUUUCAGCGAGGCGAACCUCAGUAGCGCAGCACCCCUCCACCAAUGGAUCAGCUAAAGUCCUACGCCUCUCUCUUGGCAUUUCUGGGGAUGCCGUUUAAAUUGGCUUUUGCGAGUUCAGGACGUUCAAUCUUGUUACCCAGCCUCCUUGGAGAAACAAUUAUGUACAACUCUGUCCUCAAAUGCAAAAUGCAAGAUAAAAAUGACCGCAGCAGCUUUUUGAAUUAGGAACGUGCAUGCUCAGCAGGAAACCUUUGGACCGGUUGUGUUGUUGGACACGGUGCAAAAAGACUGAGUCAAAAAUUUGAUUUUGCAAGCAUGAACACGCGGAUCGAAGGCAUAUCCUCGAGUGCUUGCCAAGGAUUAAAGGAGACACCAGCAAAUUGUAAAGCAUCCCCAGAGACAUGAUUUAUUCAAACAUUAGUUGUGUUUUUGCAGAUUGCACCGAAGGGAACAAUACCAAGAUGAUGCAGAGAUAAUUACUAUGAAGUGUCAGCUGCUGGUGGAGUGUGUUACCUUUGAUUUAAAGUGAAACAUUUCAAAAGGAAAAGGUCGUGACAGAAAGUCGCAGUGCCUUGCAAAUGUUUUCACACUCCUUUGUCACACUAUAACCACAAACCUAAGUGUGUUUCAUUGUGUUUAAUGUGAACAAAACAAAGUGGUGCAUAACUGUGAAGGCAAAGAAAAAUUCAAACAUGGUUUUACAGAAUAAAAUCUUUAAAGUGUGCCUUGAAUGGACAUUUAGCCCCCUUACUUUGCCAACCCUAAAUAAAAUCCUGUGCAACCAACUGCUUAUUAGAAGUUAUCUAAAACACAGAUAGAGUUCAUCUAUGUGUGUUUUAACUAGCGUUGCGCCGAUGCUAUUUUUUGGCCCGAUACCGAUACCUGAUACCCGGCUGUGCAGUAUUGGCCGAU